CUCGGUCCAAAUAAUUAAUAUUUGACAGAUUUUUUUGAUGUCCCACUUAGUACGUUUCAACGUCAUUUCUACGAAAAUUUUAAGGAUGUUUACAAAAUGAAUUCUUCAUUCCCAGAUCCCGGUUGGAAACUAUGCCCAUCUCUAAAUUCACAGAUUCAAUACGUUUGUUACGCUACAGAACAAUGUUGUCUUACUGGAUGUUGCACUCCAUUUGUUUAUAAACAGUUUAAAUCAUGGUCUUUUUGGUUAAUAUUACUUAUUGUUGGUGCAUUCUUGUAUUGUUGCUGGUGGUUUUGUAAGAUACUCAAGGAAAGUCGAAAAAAACGCCAAAGGAAUCUUCUGAGCAGAAAUAUGUUUUUAAGUACAAAUUCGAUAAAUGGUUCUCCAAGAACACAAGGUCAUAUUGUCGAUUUGUUCAAUUGUAGGGAAAAUGCUUCUUCGACAAAACUUUCAAAAAGUGGAGAUGCUCCACCGAAGUACCGAGAUGCGUUAAAGAUGCCAAGAAGACAAGAUACCCAAACCGUUGAAAUUCACUGCGAUAACCAACUGACUUCGGUUGAAAACAACACUGAAACCACGGCCAGUACGAGUGGAGAUCCUCCUACAUAUGAAGAUGCCAAAAAGUACCAGAAUGAGAAGAUUUGAGUAACUGUAUAUUAAUGAAGUUACAUAAAAUAUGUACAUACAAUUUAUACAUUAUCCUUAUACAAUUAUAUGAUUACUCAAA